AAAUAUGAAAAAACUAUUCUAUACACCACUCUCCCUUGAUUCCGCAAACUCCGGUGUAGCGGGGAAGGGAGUCGACUUUCCAGGAGCCACAGAGAAAAAGACAGCAGCCGGCGGGAAGUUCUCCUGCACAGUCCCCAACAAACUGCGCCCAUGGUGCGAGAAAGGCGUUUAACAUUCAUUUCGACGGGACUUGCGCAAGAGAACGUCCCGCUAGAAUGUGAGAAAGGCUUGAGCGGAAAGUUUCCAGCGAGAGAUGCUCAAAGACGUGCGUCGACGUCGCUGCAAAUCACAUAUAAAUGCUUUUCCUACUCAGAACUCCAUGGGAAUCCAGUUAUUCCCAGGUAAGCGCAGAACUGCCCGAGUAGCGCUAAACUCAGGAAAGGAGACUUUUGCGGCGUGAACGUGCUCAGGAUCGGGCAGCGAGCAGACGGGAGAGAUCCACUCCGGAGCAGACGGGAGAGAUCCACUCCGGAGCAGACGGGAGAUCCACUCCGGAGCAGAUGGUAGAGAUCCACUCCGGAGCAGACGAGAGAGAUCCACUCUGGAGCAGACGGGAGAGAUCGACUCCCUCAAAUCUGUGGAAACGGGGGCGGGGGGGGAGAGAACCACGCAAAUACAGGGGCUAAGGCUUACCGAACUUGGUCUGCUUCUUUGCAACUUUUUUAUGCAAAAUGGUCCUUAUUGUCCCGUUUGGGAACUUCUGAGAAUCAUUUAACCCGCGGCGCUCCGGCGACUUUCAAGGAUGCGGACGUGUGGGUGACCUCAUCCCUCCUCAGCAGCAGCAGCUACGAAAGGCUGGAGGCGAUCGUCGUCCAGGAAAGAUGCAUCCGCGCGGCGGCUCCUCCCCGCUCCCAUCCCGCCUCCUCCCGCUGCCCAGAGAUGCGCCUCUUCGGGCCAGUGGCGCCGCUGGGACAAUCAAGCCGGCGCCUUCUCCCUCUCGCCUCCGCGCCCGCCUCCCAGCCGCGUCCCAUUGGCCCCUUCUACCCCCUCUCGCCUGCGGAUGGGCUGGAGGAGACGUCCGUCUGCGAGAGAGUUCCCCGCCUCCCUGCAGCCGCCCUCUGCUGGGGUAAGAGGGGCACUGCCUCAGGGGCUGCAGUGAUGUGGCACCGAGGGGAGGUGGCCAAAGGCAGGGAAGGGGAGAGACUGUCCCACAGGCGAGAUGGGCACAACUGGCGCCCACUGGCCCGACUGGGAGUCACGGGAGGAGAAAACGAGGGGUGCUCUCCUACCAAGAGUCAAGCGAAGAUGUUCUCUCCCUCGUUGUGGGCACUUUUGGGAGUCCCAGAAGAACAGCCAUUUAUUUCCUUUGUAGGAACUCCUGCUGGUCUUAAGAAAUUGAGAGAGAGAAAGCGCAGCCCUCUGGAUUUUUCAGGAGGACCCUUUAAGCAGCAAUCGUUUGGCAAACUUCCCUGGCCUGAUAGAUGCCAAUUCAAUUCCUUUACUGUAUUUGGUUCCAGGUAUUACUAAAAGGCUUUUGUUUUUGCAGAGCUGCACAGCCCCAGAAGGAAGAAGACCCCAUUAAAAUUGGUCCUUAUUCUCCAGCACAGGGAAAGGGUGACCUCUUCUCUCUUCUUGAAUCCAUCAUCCUCAGAGGCUUCUGUUUCCUGGUUGCAAUUAGAAUUUUUUUAAAAAAUAUUUUUUAUUAAAUUUUCCAUUUUAACAAUCCAAUCCAAUCACAUUAAAUAUUCCAAAUUAUACAAAUACAUAUCCUAUAGUCCAAAUAUUCUGCCAAAUUAUAAUUUUUUGUUGGGACUUCCCAUGCUUCAAAUUCGGUGGGGCUCUGAUCAUCUUAUAUCUCCACUGCCUUGAGUUUCCAAUAGUUCCUUUAAAUCUUCCUGUUGAUACCCUUCCUUCUUUCAUGGCCUCUGAGUUGUUUCCACAGGCGAGUUGAAGUAAGCAAUGAUGUGCUUCUGUGUGAAAUUGGUAUGCUUGACUCUCCUAUUGCAGCUGGUAAGCCUAUUGUUUGCACACUUCUUCUUCUUCUUCCCCCUCCUCUUCUUCCUCUUCUUCUUUUUUGUAAAAGAGUAGUUUUUAAAGAGAAACAAUAGAAAAGCAAAACGGGGAACAGAAAACCAGGAAAGCCAUACAUCUCUGUGCCAUCUGAUAAACAUCAGUGUGCUACAAACGAUAGGCAAACAAAUGUUUGGCAUUUUACAAUGUUAAGAUUUCACACAAUGGUGGGGGUAGGGAGCAGGAAAAGUCAUCAUUGCUGGCAUAGAAUCACAGAAUUCUAGAGUUGGAAGGUACAGCAAGUGGCAUCUAGUCUGACCUUAUGGUUUUACCAAGUGUGCCAAUACCUCCCUCUUGUGCAUAGGUGGUGUAAUUUUGGCUGCAUGAGACGUUCAUUCCUGGAAAUUGGAAAUAGAGGGAACAUAGGAUGCUGCCUUGUACUACCAGCAGUCUGUCUAGCUUAGCAUUGUCUACACAGACUGGCAGCAGCUCGCCAGAGUUUCAGAAAGGGGGUCUUUCCCAGUCCCACCUGCAUAUGCUGGAGGUUGAACUUGGGAUGUUCAACAUGCACAGCAGAUGCUCUGUCACUGUGCUAUGGCUCCUCCCAAUGGGUCCCUGGAACAAAAUGUGUUAUUUGUUUCUUGAAGGAGCCUUCAGAGUUUGCCCUUUUCAAACAGGGGACUGCUUAGAGUGAGUGGGUGGGUGGGUGCUGGAUGACAAGAAAGCAAGAAAGCAGUUGGGUUCCUUCAUAUAUAUGUAUAUAUGUGUGUGUAUGUGUGCACGCACGCACACAAGCUUGUGGGGUCAGUCUGGGUGAUACUCUGGUUCCUUUCGAUUCUUGGGUUUCUUCAUCUCUGGGCAUAGAGGUAUAUAAAACCAAGCUUGCCAAACCAGUUCCUUUUUCAAGGAAAUGGCUUUGGUUCUGUGUGCCAAAUGGGCGAGGGCUUUCCCCACCCAUCUCAUCUGGCUGGUAUGUAGAAGGAUAGCCAAGCUGUGGGCAGUGAGCUGGAAAGAAGAUAAAGCAGAAGAGAGAGAGAGAGACGUGUUUGCUCUUUGCUGGAUUUUGGGGCUUCCCUGAAAGCAAGGGGAAGCAAGAUCUAUGAGGGUGUUAAUGCUGUGAGCCCUUCCAUCCUAUGCUCAGGUUGUGUUCAAAUAAAAUAUCUU